AUGCAAAACCAACCCAAAUUUACGCGCUAUAAUCCUUUUUAUAACCCCAAACGCCAGGUGGUUGGCCCAGCACAUGUACCUCCAGCAUGGAAGACAAACGGUGUGGCGGCUGGAUCUUCAAAAGGAAAGGAACCAGUGGAGAGAGGGAGUAGGAUAUUCAUCAGCAAGUUACCCGUUGAUGUUGGGGAGAAGGAAGUGGAGGAGCUUUUCAGAAAGACUAUUGGGCCGUUGAAGGAGUCGUUCCUUGUGUACAACUCCCAAGGCAGGUCGAAAGGAAUGGCCGUUGUCGUGUUCCAACGGCCAGGUGACGCUGCAAUUGCUCAGGCGAAGUACGAUGGACGGGUGGUAGACGGACGUCGGGCAAUAAAAAUUGAGCUUAUGGUGGAUAAAGGUAGCUUGCCGUCGUUUGGAUCGCCUCCAAUACCCACACUCCUUAAUCGACUUGCACCUGCCCCUACACCAUCUAAUGGUGUUGUGCUAUCGACACCUACUCCUAACGCUCCUCGUGCACCUGUCCGCUCCCAGAUUCAAAGCUCAGCGCCCAUUGUGAAGCCAGCUGCCAUCCCCCCUCGACGAAUUAAGCAGAAGAAGGGUCCUAAGCGCCUCAAGAAACGCGAAGCAGUGACAGUGGCUGAUCUGGACAAAGAGAUGGAAGACUAUCGAGCUGCUGCGCCAGAUGUAUAG